GGCCGGAGGGGCCUGCCCCGGAGCCCGGGCCCUCCUCGCCGGCGGUUCCGGAAGGAGGCCCUCCCGGCCUUGGAGGUGCCCGUGCCGCCCGUGACCGCCGCCGAGAUCCGCCAGUACUUGCGCGGGCACGGCAUCCCCUUCCAGGACGGCCACAGCUGCCUGCGGGCCCCGAGCCCCUUCGCGGAGCCCGGGGACCGGCCCGGCGCCGCCGCCCCCUUCAGCCUCUUCAUCGACAAGACCACAGGCCGCUUCCUCUGCACGGCCAGCCUGGCCGAGGGCAGCUGGGAGGACCUGCAGGCCAGCGUGGAGGGGCGCGGGGCCGGGGCCGGGGCCCGGGAGGGCGUCCUGCUCAGCAGGGCCCCCGACGCCGAGGACGGAGAGGAGGUCCGGAGGAUCUGGGAGCGAGCGGUCCCGCUCUGGGAGCUGCCCGACCCGCAGGAGGCUCAGCUGGCUCGGCUGAUGUUCGGCCUCGACAAGGUCACGGACGGCACGCUCAAGCGCUUCAGCGUGCGGUACCUGCGGUCUGCGCGCAGCCUCGUCUUCCCCUGGUUCUCCCCGGGGGGCUUGGGACUGCGAGGCCUGAAGCUCCUGGGGGCGGAGAGCCAGGGGGAUGGCGUGCGCUUCGAGGAGACCACCGUCCCGCGGCCUGGCGCCUACCACAACCUGUUCGGGUUACCGCUGAUCGGCCGUCGAGACGUGGAGGUGGUGCUGACGAGCCGGGAGCUGGACAGCCUGGCCUUGAGCCAGUCCACGGGGCUGCCCACCCUUGCCCUGCCCCGAGGAACGGCCUGCCUGCCCCCGGCCUUGCUCCCUUACCUGGAGCAGUUCCGGCGCGUGGUGUUCUGGUUGGGGGAUGACCUUCGGUCCUGGGAAGCUGCCAAGUUGUUUGCCCGAAAACUGAACCCCAAGCGAUGCUCCUUGGUGCGGCCCGGGGACCAGCAGCCCCGUCCCCUGGACGCCCUGAACAAAGGCUUGAGUCUUUCGCGUAUUCUUCGCACGGCUCUGCCCGCCUGGCACAAGUCCAUCGUGUCCUUCCGGCAGCUUCGGGAAGAGGUGCUGGGAGAACUGGCCAACAUAGAGCAGGUCGCUGGCUUCCGUUGGAGCCGCUUCCCCGACCUCAACCGGCUCCUGAAGGGCCAUCGCAAGGGCGAGCUGACGGUGUUCACAGGGCCCACCGGCAGCGGGAAGACGACCUUCAUCAGCGAGUACGCCCUGGACCUGUGCUCCCAGGGGGUGAACACACUGUGGGGGAGCUUUGAGAUCAGCAACGUGAGGCUCGCCCGGGUCAUGCUGACGCAGUUUGCUGAGAAGCGGCUGGAAGAGCAACUGGACAAAUAUGACGAGUGGGCCGACCGCUUCGAGAACCUGCCCCUCUACUUCAUGACUUUCCACGGGCAGCAAAGCAUCAAGACUGUGAUAGACACAAUGCAACAUGCGGUCUACGUCUAUGACAUCUGUCACGUGGUCAUCGACAACUUGCAGUUCAUGAUGGGUCACGAGCAGCUGUCCUCAGACAGGAUUGCAGCUCAGGACUACAUUGUCGGGGCCUUUCGGAAGUUUGCGACAGACAAUAGCUGCCAUGUGACGCUGGUCAUUCACCCCCGGAAAGAGGAUGAUGAUAAGGAACUGCAGACAGCAUCCAUUUUUGGCUCAGCCAAAGCGAGCCAGGAAGCGGACAACGUUCUGAUUCUGCAGGAUAGGAAGCUGGCGACUGGGCCGGGAAAGCGGUAUUUGCAGGUGGCCAAGAACCGCUUCGACGGAGACGUGGGUGUUUUCCCGCUGGAGUUCAACAAGAGCUCCCUCACCUUCUCCAUCCCACCCAAGAGCAAGGCGCGUCUCAAGAAAAUCAAGGACGAGAACGGGACAGCGGCCAAAAAGCCCUCUGCCAGCAGAAAGGGGUCCGGGCCGCAGAGCUCAGAGGCCAGCCCGGGCCAGGUCCCCACUGCCCACCUGCCAGGCACUGCCAAGCCUGCGACGUGA